AUGCCGGCGGAGGUAAAAGAGGAGCAGAGCCCAGAAGAUCCUGUAGCUUUGCCUUCAAAGAAACCGACCAAAGAGCCAACCGAAGAGGUGCCGUCUGCAGAAGACAUACCAGACACGCCGUCCUCUGACCUGAGCACGGUCACGUCCACCAAUGGAAGCUCACAGAACACAGAGACUAACAAUGAUGAGAGCUCAGGCAUUGGGACAGAGAAGUCCUCCAGCCCUGACACUGAACUGAACCCCCUCAGUGCCUCCAGCUCUCAUGAGGAAGUUGUGUCAAAACAGCUGGAGGAAAGUAUCACUGAUGCACCAGAGACAUUUCAGACAGUGUGUGAGGGCUCCCAAGAUUCAGAGGGCAUUUCUGCUUCCAAUGCCUCAAUGGAGAAAGAUGAUGAAUGUAGUUCAUCUCAGGCUGCUACAGUAACCCCCAGCUCUGACACCAACACGUUGUCUGACACUCCGGCUGAAAACAUCAAAGACCAGGCUGUCCGGCAUAGCACUCUUCAAAGUCCUCGGAUAGACCUCAGCCAUCAUGGCACCAUUCCACAUGGUUUCCCAUACCCCCCUUCUUACACAAACCUACCAACCAGGAACUACUUAGAGAACUGCUAUACCCUCCCACUUCACAGAGACAGCUUUGGUCGAAUUGGGGGACCAGUGUGCAACGGCGCAGCCAAAGCAGAUCAGGAUGGUAGUGAUCUGAGGUCAGGAAUCCCUGCGAUCAGCCAUCCUAUGAUGGGAGGGACCCUCCCCUUGAGACCUAUGUUGGAUCUUGCGGUUGACGAUCACCUUGGUCCAUUACCACAUCCCUUCCUGCAGGAUCUGUACAGGAUGCAGACUCUGAUUCCUCAUAAACGUGCCAGCAUGGUCAGCCUGGACACCAUUCGCAAGGACCCUCGGUGGAGGGACCCCAACUUGCGGGAGGUCAUUGCCAUGCUUAGCCACCCAAUGGACCCUGUCAAGUCUAAUGCCGCUGCCUAUCUGCAGCAUCUCUGUUACGAGAAUGAUAAGGUGAAGCAAGAUGUUAGGCAACUCCAUGGUAUUCCCAUACUGGUAGGGUUGCUGGACCACCCCAAAGCCGAGGUGUACCGCAAGGCCUGUGGAGCUUUGAGGAAUAUUUCCUUUGGCAGGGAUCACUUCAACAAGGUGGCUAUCAAGAACAGUGAUGGCAUUCUCACACUUCUGAGGCUGCUGAGAAAAACCAGUGACAUGGAGGUCCGAGAGUUAGUUACAGGAACACUGUGGAACCUCUCAUCUCAUGAACCCCUGAAGAUGGUCAUCAUCAACCAUGGGCUUCAGACACUGACUGAUGAGAUCAUCAUCCCACACUCGGGUUUAAGAGGAGAUCCCAAUGACCCAUCCAGACCAGGAGCUCCAGAAUGGACCACGGUUUUCAAGAACACAUCUGGAUGUUUAAGGAAUGUGAGUUCAGAUGGGGCUGAGGCUCGUCAGCAGAUGCGUGAGUGUGAAGGACUUGUGGAUGCUCUGCUCCAUGCCCUUUACUCUGCUGUGGCUAGGAGGGAUAUGAAUAACAAGUCUGUCGAGAACUGCGUCUGCAUUCUACGUAAUCUAUCGUACCACGUGCACAAAGAGGUACCAGGGGCAGAGAAAUUUUACAGCACUCCAUCUAUUCAGACCGCAAAACCAAGGAGCCACCAGAAGAAAAAGGAUGUGCCUGAUUGUUUUGGUGGACGUAGUACCAAAGAGGAGUGGUUCAAUCAGUGCCGGAAACACGGAACGAGCGACAAAACAAACACCACUUUGGACAUGCCCAAGCGCACACUCCCGACGAAAGGUCUGGAGCUGCUCUACCAGCCGGAAGUUGUGAGGCUGUAUUUGUCACUCCUUAAGCUGAGCCAUAACCAGAACACUCUGGAGGCGGCCGCAGGGGCCCUCCAAAACCUGUCUGCAGGACUUUGGGCUUGGUCUAAUUACAUCCGAGCAACUGUACGUAAAGAGAAAGGCCUGCCUAUUCUGGUCGAGCUGCUUCAUUCAGAUGCAGAUAAAGUGGUGAGGGCUAUUGCUAUUGCCCUCCGUAACCUUGCCAUUGACCACAAAAACAAAGAUCUAAUUGGGAGCUACGCCAUGAGGGACCUGGUCAGCAAUCUGCCCAGCGGCCAGCAGCGUCCUGCCAAAAACCUGGAAGAGGACACAGUGGUGGCGAUCCUCAAUACCAUACACGAGAUCAUCACGGACAACCUGGAGAAUGCUCGCUUCCUUAUUCAGGGUCAGGGGAUCCAGAAGCUCGUGGCCAUAAACAAGACAAGCCAGUCUGUGAGAGAGAACAAAGCAGCAUCACAUGUACUCCAGACUGUGUGGGCCUACAAAGAUUUAAGGCACACACUGACCAAGGGAGGCUGGAAUAAAUCUCACUUUAAGCCAGCAGUGUCUGGAAUUCCCAAAAAGCAGAAGAAUGUAAAGUUAGGCAACGAUGACAUCACACUGCCCUUAAUGGAAAAAAACCAAGAUGGAUACUGCAGCACUGAUCAGAGUGACCGAGUUGGAGACGGACCAUGCCAUAUGAUAGAGCGGGAAACCUUCCAGGGGGUGAACGAUAAGCGACAUUUCAUUAGGACUAGUAGGCCAGCUGUUGGCUUAGUGGAGCGUACGCCUCAACCCUUGGACUCUUGGGUCUGAUGCCCCAUCUGAUGGACAGACAACAACAAUAACAUUGGUGUGAUUAUUGGCAUCGCUGGAUCUGCACUGGUG